AUGACUGAAUUCAAAUACACAUUCUCGCAUGAAUGCUCGGUAGACCUGCUGGCGUCUCCCUAUGGACUGGGGGCGCUGUCUGUGAUACCCCUAAAGGCCCCCACGAUAGGGGUUGGCUCAGUCUACCUCAAUGCGACAGUCCUAGUUCAUGCUGGAAAGCUAUAUUUUAACGACGGUGCUGAUUUUGAUUGCGAUGAGAACAUACGAUACAGAAUCGUGGUAUAUGUUGAGAAGCCACGCACUCUGCGUAUAGAUUUUUUCAAGUACAAGAUGGACAGUCCUGACAACGUCUUGGACAUGGACGCUAUUGGAACCGAUACUCAGGAUAUGUUUACAACACUGCCUACAUUUCUGAACGGUUUGAAGGAAAAAGAUAACUGGAAUCCGGCCAUAGUGUUCAGGGGAGAAAUAGGCCCACGCUAUCCAACCGACUUUGAAAUGGCUGUUGGAGUGCUGAAGUUUGCACCCGGGCCUUCAGUUGACUCAAGAUGA